ACGUAUUUCACUCUCAGUGUUCCGUCGAGUCCUUUGCUUUGGCUGCAAUGGCGGCCAACGAACUGAUGUUGAGCAGCGGAGUGCGACAGUGAUGCCUUCAGUAUUCAAUGCGGUUAAGUCCUGUUCUCAGCAAGGAGUAUAACACCCAGUUGUCAUCGAAAAUGCAGAUACCUCGAUGGGACAAAUGCGAAACUGUGAUAGGGACAUAGACAGGAUUCUUGGCGAGGAGCAGCCAAUGGGUUGUGGAAACUUGCCGAGCCACGCCGUGAAUACUCUCAAGAGCUGGAAAUACGAUCACCGCUAUAACGCCUAUCCGACCGAGGUGGAGAAAAGUAUUCUCUCCCACAAGGACAACAUUUCGGCGCAGCAGAAGAAACACGAAGAAGCCCACGCUCCCUGAUGCCAGACCUCCAGAUCCGAGCACUACUCCGUAC